AAAUACGGCAGUGAACAAUUGUGGCGACACUAUGCACGUUCGAAAACCAGAAAGAAACGAGCACUGAUUAUACAAUGAUGACAAAGUUUCAGAAUAUUGACUAUAAAUUGAUAACAACACAUAUGAUAUGUCUCACCAACGAUAAGUUUAUUGACAAGAAAAAGAAAACAUCAGGUUAAGAAAAAGCAAGGCAAAACCGAAAGAGAUGGCAAAGAACAUCAACUCAGUCAGCAUCACCGUUCUCUUGUUCGUCCUCUUGGUGGCUUCCACCGAAAUCCUCAAGAGCGAGGCUCAAACAUUUUGCUUCGAGUGCGGACCGGUGCCGUUUCUAGGUACAAAUGCUGAUUGCUUUAACUGUUGCAAAACCAAAUACGGGAGUCCUCCAGUCGUUAGUGGCUUUGUUGAGGGAAGUGAGAAACACUGUCAUUGCUAUUGUUGA